AACUUCCGGUCAAGUGUUACGGAAAACGUACCACAGUCAAUACUUUGCACCGUCGUUGGUGGCAAUCCAAGACCUAUAGUCAGAUGGUUAAAAAACAACACCAUAGUAUCGGGUACGACGACCACAGAAACUACUGAUGACGCCGGAAACUACGUCACAACGAAUAAAUAUGACUUCAUACCUACUCAAGCGGACAGCUACGCAGUAUACACGUGCCAUUCCCAACACGUCGUGCAAAACUAUUCACAGACCGCCAACAUGGGGCAUGUAAAGGCUUUGCCUUCAAGCAUCUCACUGACCUUACCUUUUGAACCAUUGACCGAUAAUCAUCCGAAAGUAUCAAACUCUCCUAAUUUGUUGGUUGGGAAAUCUUAUGAGUUUAAAGCUGAAGUUGGACGAGCCUGGCCUGGACCGACGAUCGAUUGGAUGGUGGGGAACAUCUUUCCCUCCAAUCACACUUCCAUCACAAGUGAUAACACUGACGGGACAGUUCGUACUGUAUCAAGUAUGUUCUAUGUCCCAACACUUACAGACAAUGGCCAGGACCUGACAUUGCAAGUGUUUCAUCCUCAAACCUCUGAUACACCUAUCGUCCAAACAGCUCCAUUUGUAGUUCACGGCCCGCCAAUUGUCACAAUCAAGCCCGAUUCGACCGAUAUCAUAGUAAACACAGAUUUUCUGGGACGGUGUAAUGUUUCAUCAUCGUUGAAUUCAUACUCUACUAAGUGGUAUAAGGGAAAUACCGAAAUAUCCUCCAGUGCUAACUUCACAAUGACUGGGGAUUUCCUGGCUAUUACAAGUGUCCAGUUUUCUGACGAGGGAGAUUACAGCUGUACUGCUACUAAUGCUGCGGGUACUUCACUACGGAGCAAUGCUGUAGCCAUCAGCGUCAUAUCUGAGGGAGGAGCACCUGCAAUCAGUGGAGCUGUGUCUACCCCAAAGGAGAACGAUAUCUUAAACCUUCGUUGUACGUCAGUCGGCGGUGUACCAACACCGUCUGUCAUCUGGAUGAAGAAUGGUGUUAAUAUGAAUAUUGGUGACACAUCUGUAACAGAGAAUGGGGUGACGACAACAACUAGUGUGUGGACAUAUCAAGUGGCCUAUGCAGAUCGUAAUGCCAAUUUCACCUGCCUCGUCUCCAACAGUGUUGCAAACAUAACCAGAACAAGAAUCUUCACUGCCGUAUAUAUUCCACCGACUACUGUUGCAAAUCCGAUAAGAGGUCCCACCACAACAGUGGCAGGAGAAGUAACUACGUUCUCCAUCAACUUUGCGAGAGUCAGUCCUGCACCUAUUGUUUCAUGGUCGAUAGGAGGAUUGCAGUUCCCCAGCAACGUGCCGACAAUUAUCACAGUUCCCACUGCUGAAGGAGCACUGAAUGCCACGGCAAGCAUCACUUUCACACAAUUGGCGAGCUACAAUGAUAAAGCGCUUGUUGCUUCAGUUAACCAUGUGCAGUCUGAACCAGUGUUCGACUUAUCAGCUACUCUCACUGUGAAAUCCCAACCUUCUCAGCCUGUUAUUGACGGCCUUCCAUUAACACGGAUCGGCGUAGUUGGCGACACUUAUCAGCUUGAAUGUACGACAAUUGGAGGAUUUCCUGUUCCAACACUGGGGUGGUUUAGGAACGGACAACCAAUUCUAACCUCGCCAAGCACAGAUUUCAAUGCGGAUCCAAUCGUCACUACCGCUACCUACAACAUGGCAGUGACAUUGUCGGAAAAAAACGCUGUGUUCAGAUGUACAGCAUAUAAUGAAAUCAACACGCUGAAUACAAGCGUUAGCCUGACAGACGUGUAUGGUAUGACUGUAACCUGUAUAUAACAAUGUUAAUUAUAUGAUGCAAAUAUGAUAUUUUUCUCGUGAUUCUUCUUUAUUUAAAAGACAUCAAUCUUAAUAUUUUUUUCUUUCUGGCAUUGGAUCGUAAAAUGUUGAGAUAAUAAUAUAAUAACAUUCUUGACCUGAAUUUCAAAAACGAUUAUCGUUCUUUUAAGUUGCAUUUACAUCAACUACCUUGGAAAAACCUGAUGUUGGAACAUUUUGUUCUAUUCCGGCCGACUAGGAUAAGUUAAAUAAUUAUGUUGGUUUCGAACUGAAUAACUUUGGACCCACUGGUCUGACAAAGUAUAAGCAAAAUACUUUAAUAUUAGCAUUUAUAUCUCUAAUCUGUACAGUACAGCUGUGUACUGCGAUUUAAUAUUUUUUAGCAAAACUGUAUCUAAACUAUAAUUUGUGUGUUAAAGGUGCUAAUAGUUUGUGCGUCGGUUGCAUAAUUCUUCAUUUGUUAUUAUCGAGGAAAAAUCACAUUUACAGUAUUUCCAUGUGUGACCACAUAUAUCAAUAUCAAUAAAUUACUCAUUGACAAUUGCUUAACUCUGAACGAAUUAAUACUGACAUAUUAACUGAAAAAGAAACUUCGAAUGACAUUUAGCAGAGUUCAACAGCUUUAGAUAUUAGGAUUAGAUAUAAUAUGCUUUCGCUACCAAGCAAUAAUAUUUCUCAAAGAACAUCUUAAAAGAUCAAUAUUUUAUAACAUAUGAUAUAUGUUUUACCUACGUUCGAACAAAGUGUUCACUCUAGGCAAAUAGUCCUUGUCAUAUACAAUGUUAGCGUUUAUUCAGUAUGUAAAUACUAAAGUUCAGUUAAAGAAUUAAUCUUUCUUUUAAAUCGGGAAGGUGAGGCAACUUAUUUUUACAAUAGUUUUAUUAUCAAUGUUGUUGAUAUUUUUAAAAUACAUGUAACUUACGUUAGGCUGCUGUGUCCGUGUCCAGACUCUAUAAAUGCUUUGUAAAAUGAAAACAAAAUAAUUUUAAAAUAAUGGAAUUAGUAGUCAUCAUAUUGGUACCUCUAGAAAAUUAUUUGCUUUCAUUUCAAGUACCUGCUACUAGAAUUACUAUAGGAAGGCAUGUGCUAUCAAGGUCAAAUUUGAUUCGAUAUAAAAAAAAGUUACAAUAGGUAGGCUUUUAACUGCAACUUUGUUAUAAAUAAAAAGCUAGAAACACGUGAAUAUUUCCUCAUGGUUUAUCAGAAAGCAGGUAAAAAGAACAAUAUCAUAGUGUGAAAACUGUGUAUUUUUACUUUUUUAUAAUUUGCUUUGUUUAUUAAUUCUUUGUUUUGUUUUGUUUCAGAUUAUGUAUUUGAUUUUAUUGCGAUAUAAUUGUAUUUGCUUUAAUUUUAUACAUGAAAUUAGUUGUCAGAGAGGUUGAAUGCUUUUGUUGUAUCUGUAUUUUUAGUUUAAAUUAAUUAUUUCAUUGUUAAUACUACUUAUCAGCUUGAUGUUGAUUUUAUAAAUAACAAAGGGCUUUUCCUCUACAUACAAAAAUGACUUGGAAAGACUUUAUAUUUUGCACUUUAUUAGCUCUUUAGGCGCAAAAUGUAAAGCCUUCCAUUGUCGAUACCAAUUUUUUUUCUAUAAACAGUAAUACCCUUUAUUUAAUUCAUUAUUCAGUUAUAUUGCAUAAUACAAAAACUCUUUUAUUCUUCUAGAAUGGUUUUAUCCCGCAAUACACAAACCACUUAAUAAGCCCUGAUUGUAUGUGCUUAUUUCCGUAGAUGUUAUUUACAUAGCUAUAUAUAUAUUACCCAGUAGAUCAAUUUGUUAUUUUAACCUUUCAUGUACAUUUGUA